AUGACGAGGGAAGACAAGAUGACGGGUGAAGACAAGAUGACGGGGGAAGACAAGAUGACGGGUGAAGACAAGAUGACGGGGGAAGACAAGAUGACGAGGGAAGACAAGAUUACGGGUGAAGACAAGGUGACGGGUGAAGACAAGAUUGCGGGUGAAGACAAGAUGACGGGUGAAGACAAGAUUGCGGGUGAAGACAAGAUGACGGGGGAAGACAAGAUGACGGGUGAAGACAAGAUGACGAGGGAAGACAAGGUGACGGGUGAAGACCAGAUUACGGGUGAAGACAAGAUGACGGGGGAAGACAAGAUGACGAGGGAAGACAAGGUGACGGGUGAAGACAAGAUGAUAGACAAGGUGACGGGUGAAGACAAGAUGACGGGUGAAGACAAGAUGACGGGGGAAGACAAGAUGACGGGGGGAGACAAGAUGACGGUGGAAGACAAGAUGACGAGGGAAGACAAGAUGACGGGUGAAGACAAGAUGACGGGGGAAGACAAGAUGACGAGGGAAGACAAGAUGACGGGUGAAGACAAGGUGACGGGUGAAGACAAGAUGACGGGUGAAGACAAGAUGAUAGACAAGGUGACGGGUGAAGACAAGAUGACGGGUGAAGACAAGAUGACGGGGGAAGACAAGAUGACGGGGGGAGACAAGAUGACGGGGGAAGACAAGAUGACGAGGGAAGACAAGAUGACGGGUGAAGACAAGAUGACGGGGGAAGACAAGAUGACGGGGGGGAGACAAGAUGACGGGUGA